CCUUCAUCCCCAUCACCAAAUUUAUCCCCCAUGGUCACCCUAAACACAAUAAUGUGGCCGACUGUCGCCACGGCCGUGUCCUAUUUUCAGAUUGGGUCAUCUGGUUCCCCAUGAUGGGCAACACCAGGGAGCUGCCGGCACCACAGAGAGGCGACAGUUGGAAUACUUAUGAAUGUGCAACUAUGCUUUGUGCCGUUGACGGUUGCGACCAUGGGGCUUGCCAAUCGGGCCCAUUUUUUGUGGUCUCCAUUAGCCUUGACGAGGAUAAGGUGGCCACGACAAUCAUGUAUUUGUCGGACACGAGUACUUGGAGCACCCCGGCCUCCCUUGAUCUAGGUUUUAUUGAGAGUGAUAUCAGUAUCUCUUGGAUGCCCGGUGUGCUCUCCGGAGGCGCGCUACAUUUUAUCUUGAUGCACGACGAUGCUCGUCUUGGUGUACUUAAGUAUGACUUGGGGAUGUCUUGCCUAUCAGAGAUUGAGCCGGCGUUUGAGAUUCAGAGUGCCCGCUUUGACUCUCAUGCCCUGAUUGCACCGGAGGACGGCCAACUGGGGAUUGCGAGGCUCAGUGGUUUCAAUCUCUCCGUGUACUGGAGGGAGGUUUGUCACGACCAGGUUGCAACGUGGACAAAAUCUGAAGUCAUUGACCUAAAGAAGCAUCUCCUUGCAAGCAAUCCCAUGAUCUCACAUACCGAGUUGGUUGGCUCUGUUGAAAGAACGACUAUCAUCUUUGCAACCACAAAUAUUGGCACCUACAUGAUUGAUCUCAAGUCACUAAGGUCGAAGAAGCUCACGAGCGAGCUUCGUCUUUUCAACCAUCCAUGGGCUCUGUUCCCCUAUUUUAGCUUCUACAAUCCCCAGCGGGACAAGUUGAGAACGCGGUCAAUUUAGGAGAAAGUGAAAUGGGAAGCAUUGAUGAGGAAUCAGGAGAGAGUGAAUUUCGAAGCAGUGACAAGGAACCAUGAGAAAGUGAUGCUGGAAGAAAGCUGAUGCUCGAAGCACCGAUGAUGAAGCAGAAGAAGCCGAAGCUAGAAACAUCAAUGACGAAGCAUAGACCUUGGGUGAGGGCUUGAAGCAAGGUCAUUUUGUCUACCAUUUUGAUAUUGUUUCUCGUUCAAGGCCCUACCAGUCAGUAACUAAAGUGUACUUAUAAACCUGGCAAAGUUGUUGUGUGAAUCCCAAAUAAGUAGACUUGUCGUGGAGUAGUCGAUUGUUGCAACUAAGCCAUGACUUCAGGUUUUGUGUCAGAGUCGGAACAUGGUGCUUUCAAAAUAGAGUGCGCUUGCAUUC